AUUGCAGAUGUGUUUCAUAUCAGUGGAAGGAUUCUCAAUGUGAGUUGAUGGACGAGAACAGACUAACAGCACCGAAUGAUUACAAAAUGUUAUCUGGAUACUUGUAUUUUGAGCUUACGCAGCAAUUUAAAAAGGGYGUAAAGCGAUGUUCAACUCAGUGCAGAAAUGGCUGCUGUCGUUAUGAAAAUCCUUGCAAAAAUGGUGGAACRUGCGUCGAACUCUGCCAAAAUGUGACAAGAAAGUUCGAGUGUAAAUGCCGCAAAGAGUUUGGUGGGAGAGUUUGUGAGAAAUUUCUGUCGUGUGCUGCUUAUGGAAGGAACAUAGUUCCUGGCUAUUACACCAUUAAUCCCUCGAAUGCAACUCCACAUAAGGUGUACUGUGAUGCAAAGUCUCAGCCAGGCGUAAUAUGGACCUUGAUUGAAUCAUUUGCUUUCUCAAAAAAGGACMAAUACGAGGACAAAACUUUUUUCAAAGAUUAUCCGGUGAACGUUGAAAAUCCAAACUGGAGCAACUAUCGAUUAUCGAUCAACACUAUGAAACACAUCYACAAGCUUUCUAGUCUAUGGAGAGCAACGUGCAGAUUCGAUUCGGAUGGYUUUGUGAUGACAGACAGCAUGCGCGGACAUCUUAUCGAUACUGACAUUAUUCAAACAAUAUAUACUGGCAACAAGUGUAUUAUAGUUGAUUACAUUAACGUUCGUGGYAUUAAAUGCAGUAAUUGUACAACGCAUUUGAGACACGAUGCUAAAGUUCACAUUAUGGUUGAUAGCGACAGGGGUCUUAYCUAUGGAUGCGAUAUUAAUUUUAAGGAGGGAGGGGUGAAAGGCGCAGAUAACUUUGGUCGCUAUGYGAAACACAACCCCCUGCAUCGAUGUGCUUCCUCGCCMCAGUCUACCACUCAGUGGUGGCUCGGRACUGCUGUUUGAAUGAACACUUGUUAUUUUUYCGUGAAUGAAUUAUCAAUCCGRCAGCAUGAAUACAGUAARAACCCGCGAACACUUAUUUUGGCGGUUCAGGCUGAUUUGGUUCUUAUAUAAAGGGKUAUAAUCUGCAAAAUCAGCCUCUAAGUGUUCUUAAGUGUUCUUAAAAGAAUUUUCUUAAAAURAGGAACGUACUUGGCUACCAAUAGAUGAAAUCAAUAUAUAUGCACCCAAUUUUAAUUAGUCAUACAAUGAUUUAACUAUUUUAGUUWAAAAAAAWUGAWAAAUCAAUGUGUGCAAGAUAUGAGAACAACUUUCAUUUUCAGGCUGAAUGUUUUCUUAUAUAAAUGGUACUUUAUUUCCUAAAAUCAGUCCUGGGU